UCCCAGCGACUGCAGCACCGCGCCGGCUCCCUCCCGGUCCCCGCCUCGGCCCCGGGCUUGGAAGCGGCUCGGGGGCGCCCUUUUGGACAGCGACGUCGUCUACCCCCUCCCAAACCCCAGCCCCUGGAGACCCAGGCUCGCCAGCGCCCAGCCAGGGAGGCGGCCGGGAAGCGAGAUGGGGGCCCCCUCCGUCCUGCCCCUGUUCCUGCUUUUUGCCUGCUGCUGGGCGCCCGGCGGGGCCAACCUCUCCCAGGACGGCUACUGGCAGGAGCAGGAUUUGGAGCUGGGAACUCUGGCUCCACUGGACGAGGCCAUCAGCUCCACAGUCUGGAGCAGCCCUGACAUGCUGGCCAGUCAAGAUAGUCAACCCUGGACAUCCGAUGAAACAGUGGUAGCUGGUGGCACUGUGGUGCUCAAGUGCCAAGUGAAAGAUCAUGAGGACUCAUCUCUGCAGUGGUCUAAUCCUGCCCAGCAGACUCUCUACUUUGGGGAGAAGAGAGCCCUUCGAGAUAAUCGGAUUCAGCUGGUUAGUUCUACUCCCCACGAGCUCAGCAUCAGCAUCAGCAACGUGGCCUUGGCAGAUGAGGGAGAGUACACCUGCUCCAUCUUCACUAUGCCUGUGCGAACCGCCAAGUCCCUCGUCACUGUGCUCGGAAUCCCACAGAAGCCCAUAAUCACUGGUUACAAAUCAUCUUUACGGGAAAAGGAAACGACCACCCUAAACUGUCAGUCUUCUGGGAGUAAACCUGCAGCCCAGCUCACCUGGAGGAAGGGUGACCAAGAACUCCAUGGAGAACCAACCCGAAUACAAGAAGAUCCCAAUGGAAAAACCUUCACUGUGAGCAGCUCAGUGACAUUCCAGGUUACCCGAGAGGAUGAUGGAGCAAACAUUGUGUGCUCUGUGAACCAUGAAUCUCUAAAGGGAGCUGACAGAUCUACUUCUCAGCGCAUUGAAGUUUUAUACACACCGACUGCAAUGAUUAGGCCAGACCCUCCACACCCCCGUGAAGGCCAGAAGCUGUUGCUACACUGUGAAGGCCGUGGCAAUCCUGUCCCCCAGCAGUACCUAUGGGUAAAGGAGGGCAGCGAGCCACCCUUGAAGAUGGCCCAGGACAGUGCCCUCAUCUUCCCUUUCCUCAACAAGAGUGACAGUGGCACCUAUGGCUGCACAGCCAUUAGCAACAUGGGCAGCUACACAGCCUACUUCACCCUCAAUGUCAACGACCCCAGUCCAGUGCCCUCAUCCUACAGCACCUAUCACGCCAUCAUUGGUGGGAUCGUGGCUUUCAUCGUCUUCCUGCUGCUCAUCCUGCUCAUCUUCCUAGGCCACUACUUGAUCCGGCACAAAGGAACCUACCUGACACAUGAGGCAAAGGGCUCCGACGAUGCCCCAGAUGCGGACACGGCCAUCAUCAACGCAGAAGGCGGGCAGUCAGGCGGGGAUGACAAGAAGGAAUAUUUCAUCUAGGGGUGCCUACUCACCUCCUGCACCCCCAUGGGGACUGCUGGGGCUACCACCAACCCGGACUUGUACAGAGCGACCCCAGGGCCACCCCUCCUGCUUGCUCCCCAGCCCACCCAGCCCCUUGUACAGAAUGUCUGCUUUGGGUGCGGUUUUGUACUCGGUUUGGAAUGGGGGGGAGGAGGGGGGGGAGGGGAGGGUUGCCCUCAGCCCUUUCCGUGGCUUCUCUGCGUUUGGGUUAUUAUUAUUUUUGUAACAAUCCCAAAUCAAAUCCGUCUCCAGGCUGGAGAGGCAGGGGCCCUGGGGUGAGGAAAGAAAAACACCUAGAAUGUUAGGAGGAGAAUGAAGGCAGAGGGGUAAGAAAUGGGUAAGAAGCAGGACUAGCCUGCAGGUGAGGGCUCUCCCCAGACCUCCCUCCAUCCUCCAAGACAGAGCAGCUUCCUGGACUUCUCCAGGAACCUAGGAAUCAGAACAGGAGUUAGCAGUGACUUUUCCUCUGCUAGCCACAUACUAAGAGCUAUAAACAGGAAGGACAGGUCUCACCCUGACACCCCUCUUCCAUCACAAAGGGAAGGGAGUGAAUGGGAGAGUCUCCAAGGAGAUGUGAUCUGCAGGUGGCAUGCAGCCACACAGAGACCCAACGCUUCUAGCUGGGGAGAACAUGGGUCCCUCUCAGGAAUGGUAGACUUGGAGAGGAAGGAUGGUGGAGAAGGCCCCAUCCACUCAUUGCUCCUCACAAUGGAUGAAACCAGGCCUUUUUCACAGAAACUGCCCUUGGGGGACAGCAGAGCUCCACUGCGCCUCCUAGCUUCAGCAGCGGUGGAGGGGCUCUGCUCUGGGGCCUGAACUGCGUCUGCUUUCCCCCACCGAGGGGCCUCUCACUCUUACCCAAGACCCUGGACUGUUGCACGGCAACCACUCCUGUCAUGGCAUUGCUCAGCAACUACUCCUCCAUCUUGUGCCACCCUGUGCCCCUUUCUGUUUCUGACGCCAGCCCUCAGUCCUUCCUCCUUCAGCAGCCAGGCAGACAUAACAACAAAAAUACUAAAAGGAGCUUCACUGCA